CGAAGCUUCCAGAAGCGGCGGCGGCGGCGGCGGCGGGAUGGACGUGGCCGGGGUCUCGGCCCCCGUGGUCACCGUCUUCAUCAGCAGCAGCCUCAACUCCUUCCGCUCCGAGAAGCGCUACAACCGGGGGCUCACCCUGGCAGAGUUUAAGUGUAAACUGGAGCUCGUGGUGGGCAGCCCAGCCUCUUGUAUGGACCUGGAACUCUACGGCAUCGAUGACAAGUUCUGUAUGAAGCUGGACCGGGACGACGCCCUGCUGGGUUCCUACCCCGUGGAAGACGGCUGCAGGAUCCACGUGAUCGAUCGGAGCGGAGCCCGGAUUGGCGAGUAUGAGGACCUGUCACGGGUGGAGAAAUAUGAGAUCUCCCAGUCUGCCUAUGAAAAGAGACCAGAUUCGGUCCGCUCGUUCCUGAAGCGCAGCAAGAUGGGCAAGUUCAACGAGGAAGAGCAGAGCCGGCGGGAGGCGGAGCAGGAGCAGCGGCUGGCGGAGGAGAAGGCCUUGGCCGAAGCCAUGACCGUGGGCUCCCGGUGCCAGGUGCGGGCAGCCGGGCAGCCCGCCAAGCUGGGCACCGUGAUGUACGUGGGUCUCACAGAGUUCAAACCAGGAUACUGGGUCGGGGUCAGAUACGACGAACCUCUGGGAAAACAUGAUGGCAGCGUGAGCGGCAAACGCUACUUCCAGUGCCAGCCCAAGUACGGUGCCUUCGUCAAGCCGCAGAGCGUCACAGUCGGGGACUUCCCCGAGGAGGACUAUGGGCUGGACGAGAUGUGACUCGGGCGGGGAGGGGGGUGGGGGGCAGAGCCAGAAGGGUUAAACACUAGGCCGGAGUCUGGCCACCCCAAGGGUCCAGGCCCUCGGCGUUCGCACCGCUGUCCGUCCGUCCGUCCCCACCCUCAGCCCGGACCCCUUCCCUCUCCCCUGUGUUUGUGUGGCUUGGGCCCAGCGUCCUGGUUCUGCCUGCCCCUUCCUCUCCCCCGAGAUGUAUUUUUUUUCUUGUACUUUCCCACUUGGCUUUUGUGAGACCGUGACCCAUUAAACCUGCACCUUGAACCCUG